AAUUGAUAUGAUUAUUGAAAUACAAUCCGAUGAUGAUAAUUCAAACCUUAAAGAGAAAUUUGAUAAAGCUUCAGUAAUCAAUUUAGUAUCAGAUACUGAAAGUUUGAAAGAAGAUAAUUCUGAAAAUGAAAUUAGAGAUACUAAAGAUGUUAAUUAUAAUGAAAUCAGGGAUGUUAAUUAUAAUGAAAUUGAAGAUCCUAAUUAUAGAAAUAUCGAAGAUAUCAAUUAUAAUGAUAUUGAAGAUAUUGACUAUAAUGAUAUUGAAGAUAUUAACUAUAAUAAUAUUAAAGAUGUCGAUUAUAAUGAUAUUGAAGGUGCUGAAUAUAGUGAUAUUGAAGAUACCAGUAAUAAUGAAAUCAAUGAAAUUCAUUCAAUAACAGAAAACUUAAAAGUAAAAGAAAUUCGGCAUACAAUUUUUCCUAUAGAAUAUCUACCUACAUCUCCUGAAGGUAUUGCUAUUUGUUAUAAUAUAGAAAAUUGGGAAUUAUAUGAGGCUGCAUUUGAAAAU